CACUCCAUGUUGGCGAUAAUGGCCAAGCGGGUCGGGUACUGGGCCGGGGGGUGCCUCGGCUUACCUACCCCGGGGUUGGACCUUGGCGAGGUGUUCGCAUUCUGGGUGUCGCUUGACGCCUUCGUCGUGCUGUCGGGGGCGGUGUUGACGGCGUACGUGGGCAUCAGCGGUCUGCUGGCGAGGAUGGCCAAGGACCGCUGCCUUCCACAGUUCAUGCUCAGGAAGGGGGACAUCACGACCUUGUCAGGCGUGUACACGUUUUCAUUCUUGGGGGUGAUGACCCUCUUUUCCGUCGGCACGAUCCUGCUCAAGUUCAAGAGGCCCUCGCUCCCGCGAGAGGUCACGGUCAGCUACGCUACCACCCUCGUCGGGAUUACCUGUGUAAUUACCGCAUUCGUUGGGAACAUGCUGAGCAAGCCCGAGGUGGUGUCGUGGUUCCUGAUCUACUUCAUGGCGGUGGGAUUCGUAGUUGUCUUGGUUUUCCUUCGGGUGCGGCUGCUCAAGAUCUUGCUCAAGUUCGCGCAACCCGUCUGCUGCGGUGGGAGGACAUUUUUUUUUUUUCAAACUCGAUGUGGGUUGGCCAGGCGUUUUUUUCCAUCCUUCAGUAUUCCUUAUGUUUUCUUGUUCUCCGAAGAUGGUGUUACGUCGAGCAUAAAGGACCAGCUUCACGAGCUUCAAGACGAGCCGUUCGUGUUCUUUUGCAAGCAACCAGAUACGUACGUCAUUAACAAGGCCAUUCUAUAUGUCAGGGACAACGAGCACACAAAUAGGCUAAUCGUGGUGCACUGCUCCAACGAUGUCGAAGGAGCGACGAUCAAGACGUUAUCCAAGCACAUCGAGAUGUUCGACACCAUGUACCCGAAGAUCAAGAUCAGCUUGUUGACGGUGACCGGUAGCUUCAGCCCCGGAACCAUAGACUGGUUAUCCCAGUGA